GUUCAUCGCGAUAAUGUCGCGCCCUAAGCCCCGAAUGACUGGCAAUUUUCCAGUGGAGCAAGCUCCCCCGAGUCGCAACUUUCUCAGCGAAAAUAAAAAGAGUCUUCGCUCGCUGGAGCAGACAACAGCGGAAAAGCUGGCUGCCAGAGAGCCAGUGCGUCCCAGGUGGAUGCCACCCAUGCGCCGUGCCGGCACCGAGAUAGGCGAAUGGAAAGCUGGCGGCAGGCCCCAACAAAAUACCCGCGAGAGCAGUCUAGUCCGUAACCGCCUCAACUCGUGUUCGCAUCAACAAUUGGGUGUGGGCGCUGCAGAGUCGGGCCAACGUGUUGGCCGCCAGGAGCAACGCGCUCCGGUGUACUACGACCACUCGGAGGAGGCAGCACAGUCGUCGGACUGCAAUUCGUGCGGCACACGGCGCAACAGUGCCACAAACACUGCCACGCAAACGGAAGACAUCAGCGACGAGCUAUACCUGACAAAUGCACUAAGAAAGUGCAGCUUUGAUGGGGCAUCCCUGAGCAAUCGCUGUGAUUACAGCGAAGACGAGGAACAGCAGCCACAGCAAAGUUCCUGCAAACACGCUGGAAACUUUCGCGACGAGGUGCGUUUGCCUCGCUUUCUGGAAAAGGACGAGGAGCAGUGCGAACCGGGUCCGGAAUGUAUGCUCACGGAGCAGGCUCGUGUUGGCGAUUUGAAGAGCGCACAGCAGCGCUGCGAUGGUCUCAUCAGUGAAUUGAAUCGCAUGCCCAUCACAUCGCAGAGUCUGUGGGUGCGCAGCCGCAGAGCCGAAAUAGACAAGGAGCUGGCCAUCGUGGAUGAGCAGAUUCGAGUUUACUCCAAGCCAAAGCUAUACAACUCAACCAAAUACAAGUAA